AUGGCUGUCAACGCCCAGAGUUUCUGGGCCAGGGCCGACAGACACCUGAUGAGAACAGGUAUCCCGUUUUCACCAGCUAUAAUAACCAAAGCCCAGGGUUCCAAACUCUACGAUGCCGAGGGCAGGCAAAUACUCGAUUUCACUUCUGGGCAAAUGAGCUCGCUCCUGGGCCAUUCGCACCCUGAGAUUGUGCAAGUCAUCCAGAAAUAUGCGGGGGAGCUUGACCACCUUCUAAGUAACAUGGUCAGUCCACCCGUGGUUGAUCUUGCCGAACGUCUUGGUCGUUUACUGCCACCGCCUCUUGAGAAGUCCUUUUUCUUGAGUACCGGGGGCGAAACCAUCGAAGCUGCGAUUAAAAUGGCCAAGACGUACACUGGCAAGUUUGAAAUUGUCGCCUUCUCGGCAAGUUAUCACGGCUUGACUCAAGGUGCAAUAUCGGCAACGUACUCAAUGGGCAGAAAGCAUGGAGGCCCCGUCAUGCCCGGGCAACUCGCCUUCCCCGCCCCGUAUGCAUACCGCUCUAUAUUUAGGAAGGCCGACGGUUCGUACGACUGGGAGACGGAGAUGAGCUACGGGUGGUCCUUGAUCGACACGCAAUCGGUGGGCUCACUCGCUGCCUUCGUGAUGGAGCCUAUUUUGUCCACGGGCGGAGUCCUGGAUCUCCCCAAUGGGUAUCUCAAGCGGAUGAGCAUCGAGUGUAAAAAGCGUGGAAUGCUUCUGAUCAUGGAUGAGGCACAGACAGGCGUUGGUCGGACAGGUCAGAUAUUCGCCUUCCAACAUCACGAUGGGGUGGUUCCUGAUAUUUUAUGUCUGUCGAAGACGCUGGGUUGCGGUCUACCUCUAUCCUCCGUUAGCACCACUGCUGAGAUUGAGCGAGGCUGCAACGAAGCUGGCUUCAUGUGGCUCACAACACACUAUAACGACCCUUUAGCCGCCGCCGUUGGCAACAAGGUCCUGGAAAUAGUCGAGCGAGACAACAUCUGCCAGCGUGCAUCCGCCCGUGGUGAGCAGUUAUUCAACGGCCUCCUCGCUCUCCAGAAGAAAUAUUGGUGCAUUGGCGACGUCCGUGGCCGUGGUCUUCUCCUAGGGAUAGAGAUAAUCUCCGACCCCGAGACGAAAGCGCCAGCUCCUGCCCUGGGCCAAAUUGUUUCAGAUCGAGCUUUGGCUCGCGGAUUGUCGUGCAAUAUCAUCGCAUUUCCGGGGAUGGGUGAUGUGUUCCGUUUGGCGCCUCCGGUGACUGUGACUGCUGAGGAAAUUGAGGAGGGGCUUCAGAUCCUUGAUGAGGCUUUCGCGUUCGCGGUAAUGAAGCAUGGUUUGGGCAUCUGA